AUGAGUAAAGCAACUGAUAGCAGCAACUCCUCUGUCAGCAACCUCUUGGCUCAAACACAGUUUCGGCAGCAGUUGGUGACACCUCAAGCUGGAAAAAGUCAUGAUUCUCUUGGUUUUAAAAUGUCUUAUGAGAACCUUCAAGAUUGUCGAGCAGUUGUGGAGCCUCAAUACCUCACUCUUCUUGCUAUAGAAUUGCACAUUCAAACAAGAGGAGAUUUGUGUCCAGACCCUGCUCACGAUUCAGUUUGUGCAGUAUUUUAUUGUGUUCAGAAUGAUGUCCCACAAGAGAGUAUGGUGCCUAAUCUCGUUACUGGGAUGAUAGUUGUUCAGAAUUCAACUUUCAAGAAAUCACCUCUUAUUCAUAAUAUUGAAGUCGAUUGCAGGAUAUCUUAUGUACCAAAUGAAAAAGCUUUGAUGGAAGAAAUAAUUCAACUGGUGCAAUUAUGGGAUCCCGACAUUUUGGCAGGUUAUGAGAGCUACACAUUUGAAAAUAUAUCAUUCCAUGUGCUUCAUGAACGAAUUCCUCUUGUGUCCUUUAAAACACUUACUCAGUGGUGGGGACAUCGCACUAGAUGCUUUUGGGGUCGUGUAGCUGAUCAUUAUUUGUUGCGUGUACGAGGAUUGAUAAGAAUUCUGGAACAAUUGGAUCUUAUUAAUAGAACAAGUGAAUUGGCUCGUAUAUUUGGAAUUCAGUUUUAUGAAGUUCUGUCAAGAGGUUCCCAGUUUCGAGUAGAAUCAAUGAUGUUAAGGUUGGCCAAGCCAAUGAAUUACAUCCCAGUGUCACCAAGUGUCCAGCAGCGAGCUCGAAUGCGUGCCCCGGAAUAUCUUCAGCUUAUAAUGGAGCCUGAAUCCCAACUUUAUGUUGACCCAGUUAUAGUGUUGGACUUUCAAAGUUUAUAUCCUUCCAUGAUCAUUGCAUACAACUAUUGCUUCUCCACCUGCUUGGGUCGUGUUGAACAUCUUGGACAGACUUCACCUUUUGAGUUUGGAAGUUCUCACCUUCUUGUCCCUCCUGAACAAAUCAAACAGCUUUUGGGAAAUAUUCAUAUAUCUCCAAGUGGACAGGUAUUUGUCAAGUCAGCUGUACGUAAAGGAGUAAUGCCUCUCAUGUUGAAGGAAAUUCUUGAUACACGACUAAUGGUGAAGAAAUCUAUGAAGGAACAUAAGGAUGACAAGACUCUUCAACGAGUUCUUCAUUCUCGGCAGCUAGGUCUCAAAUUAAUAGCAAAUGUAACAUAUGGUUAUACAGCUGCUAAUUUUUCUGGUCGAAUGGCGUGUGUUGAGGUUGCGGAUAGUGUUGUAAGCAAGGGCCGUGAAACUCUAGAAAGAGCUAUUCAUCUAGUGGAAAACACUGCACAUUGGGGUGCUCGUGUUGUGUAUGGAGACACUGAUUCCCUUUUUGUGUUGGUCCCUGGUCGAAGUCGAGAAGAUGCUUUUGCUAUUGGUGCCGAAAUUGCAGAGGCAGUUACACAAGACAACCCACAUCCUGUGAAGCUUAAGUUAGAGAAGAUUUAUCAGCCCUGUAUACUUCAGACAAAAAAACGAUAUGUUGGUUAUAUGUAUGAAAGUGCCAACCAGAAAGAACCUGUUUAUGAUGCCAAAGGUAUUGAAACUGUUCGCAGAGAUGGAUGUCCUGCAGUGGCAAAGGUGUUGGAGAAAUCUCUUCAUUUGUUAUUUGAAACAAAGGAUAUGAGCAAGGUGAAAGCAUAUGUGCAACGAAAAUUUUCACAGAUACUUGAAGGUCAGAUGAGUAUUCAAGAUCUUACAUUUGCUCGAGAAUAUCGUGGAAAGGGAGGAUAUAAACCUGGAGCUUGCGUUCCAGCAUUGGAAUUAGCAAAGAGAUGGUUGUCUGUGGAUCCACGUGCAGAGCCUCGUGUAAGUGAAAGAGUUCCCUACAUUGUGAUCAGUGGAGCUCCCAAUGUACCAUUGAUUCAACUUGUUAGGUCUCCUCAUGAUCUCCUGGCAGAACCAGGUCUUAAAGUUCAUGCCCAUUAUUAUAUUUGUCAAUCAGGAAUUUGUGGUGAUUGCCAAAAGCAGCCUCAAAUUACUGCUGUAUCUUUGGCAACAAAAAUACAUGAAUGGGAACGUCAUUUCUACAAUUUAGAAAAGGUUUAA